AUGGACAGCAGCAUGGAGUCACCAGAUCCCAGCAGCCAAAGCUGCCAUAUUCUUCCCAUGUUCAACAGCUCAGUGGGGAAGCUGCAGCAGCUUCUGGGCAAUGGAGAGUAUGUGCUACUGAAGAACAUACCCAUAUUUGAGAGUGACUUUACCCAGAUCAACAGAAGAGGAGAAGUGAUUGAUGUGCACAACACUGUGCAGGUGGUGACGGUGGGCAUUGCCUAUACCAGCCACCACCUCACAAUGCCUGACGUCAUGCUGCUGGCACAGCCAGCUGUGAGCUGCACAGUCAAUGCCAGAAAUGACCAAGAUACCCAGAGAAAGGACCUCAGGUCAACAAAGAGCUUGGAGCUGACCAGGCUGCUUCCUUUGAAGUUUGUAAAGUUAUCCAUCUAUAAUCAUGAAAAAAAACAAUUCCACUUGAAGCUUGCCACUGGCUCUUUUUACCUCCAGCUGUGCCUUCCUUCAGAUGCAAAAGAAGAUCUGUUUGCAUGCUGGGAAGACUUAGUAUACCUGCUGAGAUGUCCAGUGGAGGCUUAUAGUGGGACCCAGGCCCAACCUGCUGGUGACAUGAUCUCCAUACCUGGGUUGGAGGCAGAGGACAGGAAGAGCCCAGCA